CUCAUUUUACCUAUUUCUGUACAAUUCUCAAAAAGAACAAUAAAAGAACCCGUUCAUUCAUAUAGAAUCCAUAUAAAUGGACGUUAUUAACAAGAGUUUGCUGUCUGCCCUUGACAGUUUACCAAAGAACUUAAAGUCUACAUCUGAAGGUGUUUCUUUGGUAUCUUUGAAAACUCAGUUGCUUCUUUCCUACGUUCAAAAGCUCGCUUUUUUGAUUUUAGUAAAAUUAGAAGGGAAAAGCUAUCUAGAAUUUCAGAAUGUCAUAGAGAAGCUUGUUCGUUUGCGACUUGAAAUUGAGAAGGUCCGGCCUUUGGAAAAUCGUAUCCAGUAUUCGUUAGAUAAACUCCUUCGUGCUGCUGAACGGAAGGAAGAAUUGGAAUCUUUAGGCACUGCUGGAUUGGAUGGUGGCAUUGAUCAAGAAGACACUGAUAGCCUUAAGCUUCAUUAUAAGCCAAAUCUCGUUGGACUUGAAGGCGAUGAAGAAGAGGCACCUGUUGCUAAUGAACAAAACAGAAAAAGCAACAGAAAAGAAGCUUCCUCAGAAGAAGUCACGUCCGAGGAAGAGGAUGAAUCCAAGAAGGAUGGUGUAUAUCGACCCCCAAGAAUUCGUGCUGUCACAAUGGACGAUGAAAAAAGACCCAGACGUCGACCUAAUCAACUUGUCGAUGAAUUUGUUUCGUCUGAUUUAUCAUCUCUACCUCAGAGUAUGCCAAGUGUUGGUUCUAACUUGGAACGCGGUGGCCGAGUCAUUCAUGCCGAUGAAAGGCAAUUGGAGAAGAUGCGUGAGCGUGCAGAAUACGAAGAGAGCAAUUACACUCGUCUUCCAAGGUUAUCCAAGAAAGAGCUCAAAACUGUUAAGAAACCAAAGAAACCCGGUUUCGGCGGUGAAGACUGGUCCUUGUUGGAUCGUAGCUUUAAUAGUGAUGCAUUUGCAUCUCGUAAAUUGGACCUUUCUUCUCGUGCAAAUAAGCGUGCUAUGUCAGAUGCUUCAGAAGGCAAAUCUGGAUCCAGUGAAAGCCAUAUGGGUGACGCUUAUCGUAAGCGUAGAAAGGCCCUUAAACGUAGAUAACUGCGUAAGAGUUUUGGACUAAAAAUUGGGAUUAUUGGAUUAAUUGGGUCAACUGGAUGAGAAAUUAAAAAGGAAAGUAGCAUAUAAUAUGGGUAUGCAACACUUUUUUCAACUUCAAUUCUGUUAGAUGAAUGAAUGACCUCUGGGUCCUUUGUACAAUAAUAAAUCAAUGAAAUAUGGGUUUAACUAUUCAAAAAGAUGUAUUCCUACUCUUUGCUCCAUGGUAUCUAAUGCUGUGCGUAAACAAGCCAUUUGAAAAAUAAACAUAUUUAAUGAGAAAACUACCUGCGACCAAUUUACCUCUAAAUAAUAUGAUUCAUCGA